AUGUCUGAACCCGAUGAGCGGAUGUCAAUUAUCCCCUACGGCUCUAGCCGUGAUGUUGUUCUUCGCCAUAACGAUGCAGUAGUAGUAUUCGACCGUUCAUCCAGGCAGUUGAUGCUUCAAAGCGCAAACAAUGCCCCAGCGAAUCUAGAACCCUCAUCAGAGUGCCCCUAUUGUCACCAGCGGUUGCGCGAUGGUUCCGAUAAUGGCGUAGAACCCAGAAGAGCACGGACACCGGCCGCUCAACCCGGAUUUGUUAACCCCGAAUACUUUCGUAUGCUGGAUGCGAAACUUCCUAGCACUCCGGAUCGGUCUGGACCUCCGUCUCCGCGAAGGCGACUCGUACAGCCAGCGCCUUCAGAAAGCACAUCUCCAGACUCUACAUAUAAUGAUAAUAAUGCUGUCCCGAGCACGCCUGGUAUCUCCUCCGCGGCAUUUAGUCAGGGAUAUUUUCAACGGUUCUUUGUCGAGGAGGGUGUGCUUGGUCGAGGUGGUAAGGGCGUGGUACUGCGAGUCAAGCAUGUUCUCGAUGGCGUUUCGCUGGGCGAAUAUGCUUGCAAGCGUGUUCCUGUGGGAGAUGAUCACGAGUGGCUAAAAAAGGUACUGAUUGAAGUCCAGCUACUCCAACGUUUGUCACAUCAAAACCUGGUGUCCUACCGACAUGUCUGGCUUGAGAAUGCCAAGCUGAGCAAAUUUGGGCCCAGCGUGCCAUGUGCCUUUAUAUUGCAACAGUUCUGUAACUCCGGAGAUUUGCAAAAGUACAUUUGCGGCUCCGUUCAACCUGCUGUGACUCCGCAGGAGUUGAAAAACCGUUUGCGACGGAGGUCAAAAGGCCAACCAGAUCCUCCCGGUUUAAAUGGGCCCGUCAAACUUGGCUUUGACGAGAUUUACUCCUUUUUCAAAGAUAUCGCCUCAGGAUUGAAUUUCCUACAUGCGAAUGGUUACAUCCACCGAGACUUGAAGCCUAGCAAUUGCCUGCUCCAUGAGACAGGGCGCGAGUUACGAGUUCUUGUCAGUGAUUUUGGAGAAGUGCAGUCUGAAAACACCAUUCGGAACUCAACUGGCAGCACUGGAACCGUUUCUUAUUGCGCACCAGAAGUCCUACGGCGUGCCUUCCCCGAUGGGCCAUUUGGAAAUUUUACGUUUAAAUCCGACGUGUUCUCGCUAGGGAUGAUUCUCUACUUUCUUUGUUUUGCACAGCUUCCGUACCGAAAUGCUGACGCUAUUGACGAAGACAGAGAGGAUCUGGAUCAACUGCGCAUCGAAAUAAGUCAGUGGGCAGGAUUUGACGACGCUCGCCGUAUGAGACCAGAGCUUCCUGAGAAGUUAUACAGCUUUUUAAAGAGGUUGCUCUCCGUUGAUCCCAUCAAGCGCCCAACCGCUGAAGAUGUCUUGAACGGAAUUCAGGCCAAUGUAGGUGUGCCGGAUAGCCGCCGAUACCAUAGAAACGGUUCAUCCGCUUCAGAAAUGCGUUCAAAUUCGCUAUCUCUCGCCGCUGAAUCUCCUAACACCACACCAGAAACGAGAAGUCCCAGCAGAGGCCUGACAGCGAGGAUUAUCCCAACACGCCAGUCUCCUGGCUACGGCACUAACAACAUACUCGAUAUUAGACGGGCGUCCGAACCAACCCCUGAAACAAGGGAACAACGCCAUCCAUCUGAGACCAGUGCUUUCCUCCAUCGUUGCUUACCUACUAAUCAACCGCUUGCCGACCAUCAGCGGAUCCAUGCUACCAACCACCUCCUUUUACCACCACCAACUCGCUUCUCAGUUCAAAAUCUCUUGCGCCAUCAAACUAAUCACUAUGUUGCUAUAGCCCUUUCUUUCCUCAAGAUCCUAUCCGUAACCCAGCCUUGCUCACCACUUGCCGUGAAUCCUUGGAUUUUUUACCCACUUAUCAUUCUUGCGGUAGCUGAUCUGGGCACUACACAGACUUGGGCACAUAUACUUACGAUGACGGUGCAUGUUAUUAUCAUGUCUAUUGCCUUUCGGCUCGAGGAAUUCUGUCUUACAGCGGCGGGAUUCUUUUAG